AUGAGCACGGCCCGGACCACCGGCGGCUCUUCUGUAUUCACCGUGUUGUACGCCCCGACCAGCGGCAGUGCCCGGCAGCGACGGCGGUGGCUGUGCGGCAGGAUGUACGUCGGGUUCGACCGGACGACGUUGGUGGACGACGAAAGUCACAAGGCGGUGUGUGUUGCGUCGGGCACGGGGAUCCGCCCCAACGCGGGGUACGCAAUGAUGCAGGCGGCGGGUAACGGGGCGGAGUGGCAGUCGGGGACGGAGCUGGCGCUGCCGCGGUACGCCGUGCAGAUUGAGGAGGUGAUGCAUCUCCACCUUCUGCCGUAUGCGGCGUGGGACGGCAGCGACGCGGGGGAAGGGGCAGGGCCGGAGCAGGCGGGCGCAGCGUGGACGGUGACGUUGGAAAAAGGGAAAGGGAACGUGCCGCCCUCAUCAAGGCGUUCGUCGCAUGAACUUCUGCGGCAGCUUGAGAAUGCGUAUCCGCACUUCUACGCUUGA